GAACUCGGCUCUGUGACACUUUUUGUAAUGAACUGAUGAAAGCUGUGUCUCAGAUGGAUGUUAGUCCAACACAUCAGACACGACCUCUGCAGCUCUCAGUUGAUGUGCACAUGAAUGAUUUGUGUUUCCUCUGCAGGUGAAGGUAGAAAGUGUGUGUGAGCUGAUGUGAAUUGAGCAGCAUGGAUCAGUGUGAGGACAGAGAGGAGGGAGUCCCUCCCUCUAAAAGCACUCUGUGUGGGGAACAUGAGAGCCAGACCAAAGCUCAGAGGAACCAACCUGGACCUCCUCCAAGCUCUGUGUCCUGUAAGAGUGACGCGGCUAGAAAUCAUCUCAUUCAUUUUAAAGUCCAGCCUCCGUCUGCUGCAGAGAGGAUCUAUGCUGAAACUGAACCCGAACCCAGCUGUGUGUCCUUAAAGAGUGACAUGUCUAGAAAUCAUCUCAUUUAUUUCAAAGUCCAGCAGGCAUCUGCUGCAGAGAGACAGUGCAUCUGCUCAUACUGGGACCAGUCUGCUUCAUCAGGAGACUCCUUCUGUCCCCAGUGUGGAGAAAGAUCCAGAAGCAGAGCUGGACUGCAGACAGCCAGUCAGAGCAGCUGUGUACAAACAGAUGUUGGUCUGCAGGAGGUUUUAGAUGAACAUAAGAUCAGUCUGAGGAGGAGAUGUGAACAUGUGACUGAAGGAAGUGAUGAAACAGGAAGUAGAACCCUCCUCAACACCAUCUACACUGAGCUCUACAUCACAGAGGGACAGAGUGAAGAGGUUCAUACCCAACAUGAGGUGAGGCAGCUGGAGACAGCUUCCAAGAUGGACGCCCUCCAUGACGCUCCAAUCAGGUGCCAGGACAUCUUUAAAGCCUUACCUGACCAACAGAGACCCAUCAGAGUGGUUCUGACCAACGGCGUGGCUGGUGUUGGAAAAACCUUCUCAGUGCAGAAGUUCACUCUGGACUGGGCAGAGGGCUUGGAGAACCAACAUGUCAGUGUGGUGGUUCUGCUUUCAUUCAGGGAGCUGAACCUGAUCAGAGAUGAGCAGUACAGUCUUCUGGAGCUGCUCCAUGUUUUCCAUCCAACAUUACAGAAAGUCACAGCAGAGAAGCUGGCUGUCUCUCAGCUUUUGUUCAUCUUUGACGGCCUGGAUGAAAGCAGACUUUCAUUGGAUUUCACCAACAGGAAGCUGCUGUCUGAUGUCACACAGAAGUCAUCAGUCAGCCAGCUGCUGACAAACCUCAUCCAGGGGAAUCUGCUUCCCUCGGCUCUCGUCUGGAUAACUUCCCGACCUGCAGCAGCCAAUCAGAUCCCUCCUACAUGUGUUGACAGGCUAACAGAAGUACGAGGCUUCACUGACGCCCAGAAGGAGGAGUACUUCAGGAGGAGAUUCAGUGAUGAAGAGCUGUCCAGCAGAAUCAUCUCCCACAUGAAGACAUCCAGGAGCCUCCACAUCAUGUGUAGUAUCCCAGUCUUCUGCUGGAUCACUGCUACAGUUCUGGAGCACAUGUUGACUACAGAGCAGAGAGGAGAGCUGCCCAAGACCCUGACUGACAUGUACUCACACUUCCUGCUGGUUCAGACAAAGAGGAAGAAGAACAAGUACCAUGAGGGACAUGAGACGAGUCCACAGGAGCUGACGGAGGCUGACAGGGAAGUUCUUCUGAAGCUGGGGAGGCUGGCGUUUGAACAUCUGGAGAAAGGAAACAUCAUGUUCUACCAAGAAGACCUGGAGCAGUGUGGUCUGGAUGUGACAGAGGCCUCGGUGUACUCAGGAGUUUGUACAGAGAUCUUCAAAAGAGAGUGUGUGAUCUUCCAGAAACCAGUCUACUGCUUUGUUCAUCUGAGCAUUCAGGAGUUUCUGGCUGCAGUCUACAUGUUCCACUGUCACACCAACAGGAAGACCGAGGUGCUGGAGGAUUUUCUGGGAGAUUUUGAUUUUGAUUUUGACUAUUAUCCCCGCAUUAAAACAUCUCUGGGUGAAUGCUCUAUGGAUGGUUUCCUGGAGAGAGUCAUGCAGAAAUCCGUCCAGAGUAAAAAUGGCCACCUGGACCUGUUUGUUCGCUUCCUUCAUGGCCUCUCUCUGGAGUCCAACCAGAGACUCUUAGGAGGUCUGCUGGGUCAGACAGAGAUCACUCCAGGAACCAUCCAGAGAGUCAUCAACAACCUGAAGGAGAUGAACAGUGAUAGAAUCUCUCCUGACAGAAGCAUCAACAUCUUCCACUGUCUGAUGGAGAUGAACGACCUCUCAGUACAUCAGGAGAUCCAAGAGUUCCUGAAGUCAGAGAACAGAUCAGAGAAGGAACUCUCUGAGAUCCAGUGCUCAGCUCUGGCCUUCAUGCUGCAGAUGUCAGAGGAGGUUCUGAAUGAGUUUGACCUGCAGAAGUACAACACAUCAAAGCAGGGACGACGGAGACUGAUUCCAGCUGUGAGGAACUGCAGAAAGGCUCGACUGAAUCACUGUGACCUGACAGUGAGGAGCUGUGAAGCUCUAUCCUCAGGUCUCAGCUCUCAGACCUCUAAUCUGAGACAGUUGGACCUGAGUAACAUUAACCUGAAGGAUUCAGGUGUGAAGCUUCUGUCUGAAGGACUGAAGAGUCCACACUGUACACUGGAAACUCUCAGUCUGUCAGGCUGUCUGAUCACAGAGGAAGGCUGUACGUCUCUGGCCUCAGCUCUGAGCUCCAACCCCUCCCAUCUGAGAGAGCUGGACCUGAGCUACAAUCAUCCAGGAGACUCAGGAAUGAAGCUGCUGUCGGCUGGACUUAAGGAUCCAGUCUGGAGACUGGACACUCUCGGGGUGGAGCCUGCUGGAGUCCGAUGGUUGAGACCAGGUCUGAGGAAGUAUUCCUGUCAACUCACAAUCGACACAAACACAGUGCACACAAAUCUCCAACUGUCUGACAACAACAGGAAGGUGACACGUGUGGAGGAGGUUCAGUCAUAUCCUGAUCAUCCAGACAGAUUUGAUUAUUGGGACCAGCUGCUGUGUAGAAACGGUCUGACUGGUCACUGUUACUGGGAGGUCGAGUGGAGAGGAGACGUUUUUAUAUCAGUGAGUUACAGAAGAAUCAGAAGGAAAGGAGACAGUUAUGACUGUUUGUUUGGAUACAAUGAUCAGUCCUGGAGUCUGAGCUGUGCUGAUAGAUUUGGUUAUUCUGUCCUCCACAAUAACAGACUAACACUCAUCUCCUCCUCCUCCUCCUCCUCCUCUGUCUCUAACAGAGCAGCAGUGUAUGUGGACUGUCCUGCUGGCACUCUGUCCUUCUACAGAGUCUCCUCUGACACUCUGAUCCACCUCCACACCUUCAACACCACAUUCACUCAAACUCUUUAUCCUGGGUUUAUGUUCAGUCCUGGUUCCUCAGUGUCCCUGUGCUGA